CAGAUAGUGUUUCUGCCGAGCUUCUACAUGUCGGCAUUGAAGAGGAACCUUCCUGAUUGGUCCUGGGGACAAUGAUGAACACCAUCUCCUUUCUUAUUUUGUUAUUUGAAAUACUAGUAACAGCUGUUUCCGGGAGUGAUUGCAUUGGGAAUACAACAUGUAUAAAUAAUGAGGUGUGUCAAGAUGGUGGAUGUGUCUGUCCUACCAGCCAUUAUGGUGCUAAAUGUGAAUUCAAAGUUACCAAUGCCUUGAUCAUAGUUCUGAUUUGUACACUGCCACCUAUCUCUUGGCUUGCUGUUUGCUGUUAUGGAGUUCAUUCAAAAGGAUCUGGUCUGUGGUCUGGUACUCGUGAAAGAGAAAUAAGCAGUGAUGAAUUUGAGCGAGAAGCAGAGGAAGAAGUCAUUGAUGAUCAACCCCCACCCCCUUAUGAGCAAAGCCUUUAUUACAACACAGCUGGAACAUUUGAAGGUGUGAAUAUGAUAAUUGAUGAACCAGGGUCAGACAACAUGGAACCGCCGCCAUCUUAUCUAGAAUGGACAAGAAAAGCAGCAAGUCUAAGAAAUCAAGAAAUUAGUUGUGUUGAUAGUGGUGACAUUGGCCUUGUGACAAUCAGUGAUAAUUUUCCAGUGACUGGUCAGGAUGUGGAAGUAAAUGUUGAGAGUGAGGAACAAUGUUAGGUCAAAGACUUGUUUUUUGGCAAACAGGGUUUAUAAAGCUGUGUAUGCAGGACAUACUAAUAUUCACACUUCAGGGGAAUGUAGUAUUGAUGGCUGUGAUUUACAAUUAGGUAUAUGCUGUCUAUUUAGAAUCAGAAGAAGGGCUUUCAGUUUAUGAUUGAAUGUCCCUUGACCUGUGAUCAUAAAAAAUCACAGUUGUAGUUUAUAUGGUACUUAUCCAGUUGAUAUUUGUACUCAGCAAAGUUCCAUUUAGCACUGUCUAUUUCAUCUUCUUAUCCCUUUUCUAAUAAUAAUGAAAAUACCAAAACCAUAACAAUUGAUAUAAUCAGAGCAAUUAUUAAAAUUUUAUUGAGUAAACAUACCUAUGUUACUAUUAUUAAACUGCAUGCAAAAAAUUUUACCAUUCGAGUGAAAUCAGAGAGGGAUAUCAUUUAAAAUUCUAUUAAUAUAUUAUGAUAAGAAUGAUUAUAUAUUUUUUAAAAUAAUAAUCUCAAAACAUGCUGCAGCCAUAUAUAUCUGAGCUCAGCAAUAAUUACAUUUUUGUCUCGCCUGAACAAAGUUCAGUAGAGACCUAGUAAUAACUUUUCCUGUUGGUCUGUUAGUCUGUUCGAAAACGUGAAAGCUUUUGUUCAACUUGCUUUCAUAUCUUUAUCAUACUUGGUACAUAUGAUCCGUGGGUAAUACCACAUUUGUGUCCAUGAGGGUGAUGGGGUCAGAUUUCACAUGUAAUAUCUAGGGGUCAAAAGGUCAAAUGAUAUGAGUUAAUGUCUGUUCCAAAAAUGUUAAAGGAGAAUGAAACCCUUGAAACCAGCUGAAUCCAUAUCAAAGAGAAAAAUCAAAGAAACAUAUUGUUGAAAGUUUGAGGAAGAUUGAAUGAAUAAUAAGAAAGUUAUGAGCAUUUGAAUAAUGAGAUCACUAAUGCCAUGUAGAUCCUCCCAUUGGCAAUGCGACCAAGAUCUGUGAUGUCACACACGUACAACUCCCUCAUUACUUUAGUACUUAUUUCACUUACAUUCUCACUUUUAUAGAGUAUAUCACAAGGUGAGGUGUUCUCUUUAUGAGAGGACAAGUACAGAGGUUUCACAACAUUUUAUCAUUGAUGAAUUGUUUGUCAUAUGAUUAGAAUGAGCAAAAAGAGAUGUUUUGGGGUAUAUUUUCAGUGUCCAAAAGGGGAGAGUUGUUCAUCUGUGACAUCAUAGAUGUUGGUCGCUUUGCCAAUGGGAGGAUCUCCAUAGCAUUAGUGAUCUCGACAUUCAAAUGCUCAUAACUCUUCUAUUGCUAGUCCUAUUUUACUCAAACUUUUGUUGAUCUUAUUCUUUGAUUUUUCUGCUUUCACAAAAGAUAACUUGCUCCAAGAGUUUCAUUCUCCUUUAAUGUUUUUGUUAAACUUGCCCUCAUUUCUUUAUAACCAUUGGGUAAUACUUCACAUGUGUCCAUAGGUCAAAAGAUUGUAUUGCAUAUUUUAUCGAUCGCGAUAUCAGGCAAGACUCGGGGUUCAUGAAUCACCUUUUUAUUUUUAGGAAGGUGGAUGUUGUAUGCUGAAAGUAAAUUCUCUUAAUGUAACUGUUAUAAGAAUGACCAGGCAAAGAAACACUUGUUUGGUCAUA